AUGCAUCUAUCCAGCUUCUUUAUCACGUUAUUGAUGGGGUUUGGGGUCGCUUUCCCCACACAUACCGAACUUGAGGAUGUAUUCACUAUCGUCAAGGGAGGGCCAGGGGCCUGUACAGAAGGAGAAGCCUAUACCAUCAACUUAUAUCACAUGGAUAUUAUCUCGAUGCUGGAGGCGGGGCUAGAAAUGUUCAAUGAUGCUUUAGAGCGAGAGACGGUCUUCAGUAAUAAAGAUGUACACCUGCGUCAAAUUGGAGCAAGAUUAAUGAUCGAAUCUUGGUUUGGAAUCGAUUUCAAAGACCCCUACGAGGAGGACGGGAAGAAUAUUUACCAUGCACCUAUUGAACUGGGGUUAUUCUUCUUUAUCCAAGGUAUUAUGGAAACAGCCCUCGGUUUCAUUGAUCGUAAAGAACCACUCGAACAUCUAAACGCCACAAAACCGAAAAUAUACUGUAACGACAAAUGGAUUUUGAAUAUAAACAAUACUAACUUCAACCCAAAAAACGAAGGAUGCGCCAAACCCAACGUCUUAGGCCUCUCUGCAUGGCAGCUAAGUGCCAUAACUCUCUGUCCAAAAUCGUUUCAGAAGCCAAAAAACUCGAAUUUAAUUAGGGGAGGUCCACCGGGGCCUAUGGACCCUGAAAACGCGAUGAACGAUCACAUUUCGGGUAGCAUGCUCCUGUUACACGAGAUCAUUCAUUUGGUUCUGGGCCCACAGGAUCGUCGAGGUAAACAGGUGGAACUUUUUAUGACCGGUCUCGUAAACUAG